GUGGACAGCCGGCAUGCAGCCGCUUUUGCCAGCGCAGACCGACAGCUCGGGCCCGGCGGCUAAGGCGAAGAGACAGUGGACCAUCAUACCUCGACCAGCGCCCGGCCGUAAGCCUGCAGGCAAGAAGCCGAUCGAGCAUGAAGAGCCCGAAGAAGAGAUGCGAGCGAGCAAGCGAGAGCGUCGACAAGCCCACCUUUCGACGUUACUGAAGCGAAUCGAGGACUUGGAGUCAAGCGAGAGAAAUCUACGGCAAGAGAAUGAACGACUAAGGAGCGAGCUGCUCUGCGCAAGACGUUCACUUGAGACGCGGACAGAGGACGUUGUGCCCAGCUUGUCAAAGCCAUCCUCAAUCAAGCUCCGGCCAGGCAGGCCGAAUGCGCCGUCUCAAGAAGCAAAGCAGCCCAUCUGGGCAUUUCACGAGCUCAAGCUCGACGAUAAAGUCGCCGGACCUGUCUGCAAUGGCGAUCCGAAAACAUGCGCAGCCUGCGCAGAUGAUCCGCUCGGCCAAGCCUUUUGCAACGCGCUGAGCAAGACUGUCUGCUCUACCGCGCCUUGCGCAGGCUGUCCCAAUCGAAAGCGCACGCUUGGGAUCAUGCUCGACGAAGAGGUCGACAUGACAGAGUACACGAAUGACCUCUGCUGCGGAACGCCAAGCCUUUGUGGCUCAAAGACCUGCGGCGAGGGAUCGCUCUCUUCUUCCAGCGAUUUCGCCUCCCUUCGAUCUGUCAGUUCGCGAGCGGGCUCCUCUGCCGAGAUGCCGGCCAAUGAAGCCUGGCGACAGCUGAGAGCGCAUCCGAAUAUUGGCUUUGCAGAUCUGCAGAUGUUGGCUGAUGUCGUCGCUCAGAGCAGCAAAUGCUCUGGUCCCCGGAUCCCUUCGCCAGUGCCAAUGCCUGCAAUGGGAUUGAAACGAUCUGCACUCGCUGCAUCUACUGAGCUCGAUCGACGGCCCGUCUCGCCGAGACUGACAGUGGACGAAGAAGGCGUGCGGGCAGCCUUAGCUUUACUCAGUGGCAGGAGAGAAUCACUCAAGGAAGUUUCAUAGCUCACAUUUGCAAUGUUCUGUUGUCAACAUUUACACUAACUUUUUCAAGCUCUCUAG